UGUACAUCUCAUGAUUGAUCCGAAGAAACUAGUCAUGGGCCAAAGGUCAAGAUACUUCUCUGGGAAAUGCUGUUGAUGCUGCUCUACAAAGUCAUACAAUGAGUGUUUGGUUUAAGAAAGAAUUUCAUAUUUAAAAGAUUUUCAUCUUGGAAAUACAUCAAGUGAAAAUUAGAGUCUUUGGGAAACAUUUUCCUCUUAAUAAAUUAUACUUGUAAUGGGCGACAUGGCAAACAACUCACUUGCAUAUAGUGGAGUAAAAAACUCUUUGAAGGAAGCUAAUCAUGACGGAGACUUUGGAAUCACGCUCGCAGAGCUGCGGGCUCUCAUGGAGCUCAGGUCUACAGAUGCAUUACGAAAAAUACAAGAAAGCUAUGGAGACGUCUCUGGAAUUUGCAGCAGGUUGAAAACAUCUCCCAAUGAAGGUUUAAGUGGAAACCCUGCAGAUAUAGAGAGAAGAGAAGCGGUGUUUGGAAAGAAUUUUAUACCUCCUAAAAAGCCAAAAACCUUUCUUCAAUUAGUAUGGGAAGCAUUACAAGAUGUCACUUUAAUUAUACUAGAAAUUGCAGCCAUAGUAUCAUUGGGCCUUUCUUUUUAUCAACCUCCAGAAGGGGAUAAUGCACUUUGUGGAGAAGUUUCUGUUGGAGAGGAAGAAGGUGAAGGUGAAACUGGUUGGAUUGAAGGAGCUGCAAUCCUCUUGUCAGUAGUGUGUGUGGUAUUAGUAACAGCUUUCAAUGACUGGAGUAAGGAAAAACAGUUUAGAGGUUUGCAGAGUCGAAUUGAACAAGAACAGAAGUUCACAGUCAUCAGGGGUGGUCAGGUCAUUCAGAUACCUGUAGCUGACAUUACUGUUGGAGAUAUUGCUCAGGUGAAAUAUGGUGAUCUUCUUCCAGCCGAUGGCAUAUUGAUUCAGGGCAAUGAUCUUAAAAUUGAUGAAAGCUCAUUGACUGGUGAAUCUGAUCAUGUUAAGAAGUCUUUAGAUAAGGAUCCCUUACUUCUAUCAGGUACUCAUGUAAUGGAAGGCUCUGGAAGAAUGGUCGUUACUGCUGUAGGUGUUAAUUCUCAAACUGGAAUUAUCUUUACCUUACUUGGAGCUGGAGGUGAAGAGGAAGAAAAGAAGGAUGAAAAGAAAAAGGAAAAGAAAAAUAAGAAACAAGAUGGAGCUAUUGAGAAUCGCAAUAAAGCAAAAGCCCAGGAUGGUGCAGCCAUGGAAAUGCAGCCUUUGAAGAGUGAAGAAGGUGGAGAUGGUGAUGAAAAAGACAAAAAGAAAGCAAAUUUGCCAAAAAAGGAAAAAUCUGUCUUACAAGGGAAACUUACAAAGCUGGCUGUUCAGAUUGGCAAAGCAGGUUUGUUGAUGUCUGCCAUCACAGUUAUCAUUCUGGUAUUAUAUUUUGUAAUUGAUACAUUCUGGGUUCAGAAGAGACCAUGGCUUGCUGAGUGCACACCAAUUUACAUACAAUAUUUUGUGAAGUUCUUCAUUAUUGGAGUUACAGUUCUAGUGGUUGCGGUACCAGAAGGUCUUCCCCUUGCGGUCACUAUCUCGCUGGCGUAUUCAGUCAAGAAAAUGAUGAAAGAUAAUAACUUAGUAAGGCAUCUGGACGCUUGUGAAACCAUGGGAAAUGCUACAGCUAUUUGCUCAGAUAAAACAGGGACAUUGACAAUGAACAGAAUGACUGUUGUUCAAGCUUACAUAAAUGAAAAACACUAUAAAAAGAUUCCUGAACCAGAAGCUAUUCCACCAAAUAUUUUGUCCUAUCUUGUAACAGGAAUUUCUGUGAAUUGUGCUUAUACAUCAAAAAUAUUGCCACCAGAGAAAGAGGGUGGAUUACCUCGUCAUGUUGGUAAUAAAACUGAAUGUGCCUUGUUGGGACUUCUUUUGGAUUUAAAACGAGAUUAUCAGGAUGUUAGAAAUGAAAUACCAGAAGAAGCACUGUACAAAGUCUACACCUUCAAUUCUGUUAGGAAGUCCAUGAGUACUGUCCUGAAAAAUUCAGAUGGAAGUUAUCGAAUAUUCAGCAAGGGUGCAUCUGAGAUAAUUCUGAAAAAGUGUUUCAAAAUCUUGAGUGCUAAUGGUGAGGCAAAAGUAUUCAGACCAAGGGACCGUGAUGAUAUUGUAAAAACAGUGAUUGAACCGAUGGCAUCAGAAGGCUUGAGAACCAUAUGUCUUGCAUUCAGAGAUUUCCCAGCAGGAGAACCUGAACCAGAGUGGGAUAAUGAAAAUGAUAUUGUCACCGGCCUUACGUGCAUUGCUGUUGUGGGGAUUGAAGACCCUGUGAGACCUGAGGUACCAGAUGCAAUAAAGAAAUGUCAGAGGGCUGGAAUUACUGUGCGGAUGGUCACCGGUGAUAAUAUUAAUACUGCACGGGCGAUUGCUACCAAAUGUGGUAUUUUACAUCCCGGGGAAGAUUUUCUAUGCCUAGAAGGUAAAGAUUUCAACCGAAGAAUACGAAAUGAAAAAGGAGAGAUUGAGCAAGAGCGGAUAGACAAGAUUUGGCCAAAGCUUCGAGUACUUGCAAGAUCAUCUCCUACUGACAAACAUACACUGGUUAAAGGUAUAAUUGACAGCACUGUGUCAGAACAACGCCAGGUUGUAGCUGUAACUGGUGAUGGUACAAAUGAUGGCCCAGCCCUAAAGAAAGCUGAUGUUGGAUUUGCAAUGGGUAUUGCUGGAACUGAUGUAGCUAAAGAAGCAUCUGAUAUUAUUCUCACAGACGACAACUUUACAAGCAUUGUUAAGGCAGUUAUGUGGGGACGAAAUGUGUAUGACAGCAUCUCAAAAUUUCUUCAGUUCCAGCUCACUGUUAACGUGGUAGCCGUGAUAGUUGCUUUCACGGGCGCCUGUAUUACUCAAGAUUCACCGCUUAAGGCUGUGCAGAUGCUGUGGGUAAACCUCAUAAUGGAUACGCUCGCUUCCCUGGCUCUGGCAACUGAACCCCCCACUGAAUCUCUCUUGCUUCGGAAGCCUUAUGGUAGAAAUAAGCCUCUCAUCUCACGCACGAUGAUGAAGAAUAUUUUGGGUCAUGCAUUCUAUCAACUUGUAGUAGUCUUUACACUCUUAUUUGCUGGAGAAAAGUUUUUCGAUAUUGAUAGUGGAAGAAAUGCUCCUUUGCAUGCUCCUCCUUCAGAACAUUAUACUAUUGUUUUUAAUACCUUUGUGCUGAUGCAACUUUUCAACGAAAUAAAUGCCCGGAAAAUUCAUGGUGAAAGAAAUGUGUUCGAAGGAAUCUUUAAUAAUGCCAUCUUCUGCACAAUUGUUUUAGGCACUUUUGUGGUACAGAUAAUAAUUGUGCAGUUUGGUGGAAAACCUUUCAGUUGUUCAGAACUUUCAAUAGAACAGUGGCUAUGGUCAAUAUUCCUAGGAAUGGGGACGUUACUCUGGGGCCAGCUUAUUUCAACAAUUCCAACUAGCCGUUUAAAAUUCCUAAAAGAAGCUGGCCAUGGAACACAAAAGGAAGAAAUCCCAGAGGAGGAGCUCGCAGAGGAUGUGGAAGAGAUUGACCAUGCUGAAAGGGAACUGCGGCGUGGCCAGAUCUUAUGGUUUAGAGGUCUGAACAGAAUCCAAACUCAGAUUCGAGUGGUGAAUGCAUUUCGUAGUUCUUUAUAUGAAGGGUUAGAAAAACCGGAAUCAAGAAGUUCGAUUCACAACUUUAUGACACAUCCUGAGUUUAGGAUAGAAGAUUCAGAGCCUCAUAUCCCCCUAAUUGAUGACACUGAUGCUGAAGAUGAUGCUCCUACAAAACGUAACUCCAGUCCUCCACCCUCUCCCAACAAAAAUAACAAUGCUGUUGACAGCGGGAUUCACCUUACAAUAGAAAUGAACAAGUCUGCUACCUCUUCAUCCCCAGGAAGCCCACUACAUAGUUUGGAAACAUCACUCUGAUUGUAAGCUGAAUGUUAACACACUAGCUGCAUUGUAAAGAAACAAAUUGAAACUGGGUCUUUUCACAUAUUGUGAUGGACAAGAUCGUAUUCUUGUCUUUGGACUUCAAACAGAAGACACACUUGUACGAAUGUAGAUUUAUUUUUUUAAAAAAAAAAAAAAGCAAAGCUUUCUGCCAGACUGAGGGUGCUUUUUGGGGGGUGGGAGAAAUGAACUGACAGAUAAACAGUAACUCAGCAUAUGCUGACCUGUGGAUCAUCAGUAGUACCUAAGAAUGGUCCUGAACAGUGUAUUAGCAGAGCUUUAGUUUAUCUCAAUCCUUGAUGGGAGAGGGGGAGGAGUACAGCUGGGCAAGCAAGCAAAGAGCCCUGGAUCAUUGAAUUGAUACUUUAAUUUCUGCUGUUGGCUGUUAAUAAUUUGGAUUAUUUAUGUUUAUAAAUGAUACAGAUCUGUUUACAAGGUUUGUAGAUACUUUUUUUGUUCCUGUUCAUAGAUGGGAAGCUUCCUUAUAACUGAUGCAGAGAAAAAUUAGUCCUUCAAAUACUGCUGUAUUUUCAGGAAAACAAAAAGGGGUGUUUCUAUUGAAACUGUACUAAAUUUUUGCCUACAAUUUACCUUGUUAAAUAUUGUAGAUAAAUUGCUGAUACUAAUAGCCAAAUAGAUAACACUAAUGCUUUGUUUAAAAAAAAAACAAAAAAAAAAAACAAAACAAAACAAAAAAACAUGAGCAGUGGUGUUUAAUGAAGUUAUGGCAUCUGUCCUAAUUAGUUUCUUAAAUACAUUUACUACUUAAUGGUUUUGAAACAACUGUUUAAUUUUUAAAAUUUUUGAAAACUUGCUAAUAACCUUUGUUCAGAAUUUAGUAGACUGUUUAAUGUGGGACAUAACUACAUAAUGAAAGAUGCUUGAAAUGCUUUUGUUAUUUCAGGCAAAUCAAAUUAAAUCAAACUAUCCAACUAUAAGAGAACCUUAGUCCUUUUUGUUUUUGUCUAAACAUGUUAGCUCAGUGAUGUCUUGGUGAACUGUGAGUGAACUGUAUUGAUUUUUCUAAUAAAUCCUUAGAAAUCUUCAUACAGCAUGAGGGCUGUUGGCAUUUUGAAAAAGGUUAACAGGUAGAAGCGUACAUGUUUUCCUUUUGUUUUUGAAACUUGUUUGUAAACAUAAAUAUGCCCUUUUAUUAAAUAAAUACACGACAAAGUUUUUUUUAAAAAAGAAAUUUCAGCUUCUUCACUUAAUUCUGCAUAUAUCGUGCAUCAAUCUGUUCUCUUUAACCACAAUUGGAAUAAAUUUCAAGAUGGUAACAGCCCCAUGAAAUACCGCUUUAAUUCCCCCGGUGGCAAAUCUAAUAGAAUCACGUUAAGAAAAUCAUUGCAAUUUCACCAUUUGACAUAUUCUUCAUAGAAUUUGGUUUUUCUAAAAUUGUCUCACAGUCUCAAAAAAAAUAAUAAUGAUCACCAUUAUCUUUGGUACAUUUAUUUUCAUUUGUAAGUGGCCAAAUAAAUUAGGUAAAGUGAGAUUAUACGAAAAGGUGGAAAAGGUCCUAAAAUGUGUAUAUUUAGAUAUAAAUAAUUAACUAUAUGCUGGAAUGCCCAUCUCUAAGCCAAUUGGGUUAUUGAAGUCUUUGUUUCUCUCUUUUGUCGAACUUCUCCCCCUUUUUGCCUCUGUCUUUACCUUUUAGGAACUGGCAUUGUGUUAGGGCCCAGAUUUCACCGGGUAUACGAUCCUCAGGCUGAUACUAAGUUUACGAGGACUACCACAUCUGAGCAUGCUGACCUAGCAAAGAAACGUUUAGUCGAUGGUGCUUGAUAUUUUUGGUGGGUGGGGGAAAAUCUUUUUCUCUCCAUCAGUCCUUUGCAGUAAUCCUCUGCAAGUCUUAGAAACACAUUGGCUCUGUCAGCAUUUGUAAUUGUACAUUUAUUCAUCAGGUAUUUAUAGCGAAUCAUACUGUAAAAAGAGGUAGCAUGAUAUGCUGGAAAGCAUACAAGGCUAGGAGUCACGACUGGUUUCUAGUCUUGGUUUUGCCAUUAACGUGCUGCAUGACCUUGGGAAAAUCAUUUACCCUAAAUGAGGGUGGUGGACUAGACUAUCUUGAAGAACCCUUUCAACUCUAAAAAUUGACCCUAGCAACUGGAGAGCCUACAAGGCAUAGGGAAUAGAGAAAAGGGAAAUGUUUUCAGUUUUCUUUUUUAUUUUGGUUAUGCUUAAAUAUGAAUGUAAUUUCCAAAAGAUUUAGACGUGCAUGUGCUUUGGAGGAUUUGUAUUGAGCUUUUACAGUAUUCAUUUUUCAACUCAAGGCAAUGGCUUUUUACACCAACUCUAAUCCAUAAACGGGUCUUACGACAUCCAUGAAGUAGUAGCAAGACAUGCUUAGUGUGUAUUUCUCUCUUUGAGACACUGUAAUUUCUACCAGAAAUUUCCAGAGCAUUAUGUAAGUAGAAAAAAAUGCAAGCAAGCUGUUAAAGAUCUUGGAUCCCAUUAUAUAGUAUGUAUAGCUGAAAUCAGCAUCUGUAAUUCAAUCACUUUUUCUCUUUUAUCCUCUAACCAAAAAAUUGUUUAAUUUUGCAUCCCAAAUGUUUUUAAUCUUUGUAUAUUUUUUAAAAAUCCUUUUCUCCUCAUCAUUGCCUUUUUUGUGGUUGUAAAUAGACUUACUUGCACUUUGAAGAUGAGUUACUCCUUGUCAUCUUACAAAUAUGUGAUAUGGUAAUUUUCAUAACAGAUGUCAGUUUUGAACCAAGAAAUGGUGAUUUGUUUAUAAGAAAAAAAACUGGCUUCAUUUCUGUGAAAUUGCUCUUUGAAAAUUUCUUUUUACACGUGUAAGCCAACUGAGAUACCGUGACGGUGUUGAUUUCUUUCAAUGAUGCUUACCAUCUAUUUUAGCCACUGAGCCUUUUAUUAUUUGUCUAUUUGUAAAGUUUAUUUGUCUUAACUCAUUUAAUAAAUAUACUGUUUAUCUGUU